AUGUCAUCGUCCUGUUCUUCUUUAUCGUUUAAACGUUCCUCGACGACGAAUACUGCCGGGCUGAUUUCUUCUUCUUCUUCUUCUUCUCGUAAAGCCGCUGCUGCUUCUGCUCGUAAGAAAGAAAAGCGGGGAAACGAAGAGUUUUUCAUUAUCCAUUCUCGCUUACAAUACAUGACCGCAGACGGCGGUCGGAGACAAAAGUUGGAGGAAGCUUUGAAGGAAGAGCUCCCAUCCGCGCCGGGGUUGUCGAAGAACACGCAAAUUGCGCUGACGAAAGAGUUGUUGAAAAACAGGUUCGGCCGGAGAUGUCCGGAGUUAUUGGCUGAAGAGUUCAUCUACGACGCGUGUUACGAGAAGCCGAAAACCAAGGAGGAAUAUCUGAAUUUUUUUGCCAAUAUGAAUCUCCAAGGCGGGUUCCCGAAUAGCGACUACGAGUUGUUGUACGACAGCAUGAGAGUUGAAUGGGACACAAAAGUGAGACAGCAGCAAUAUAAGGUGUGGUGCACGACGCAAUUUAAAGGAAAGCACACGGGAGAUGGUUUGCGAAUGGGGAAGCGGAAAAUUCCCGCGACUGGUAUCGAGGUGGAAUCCGCGCCGGAGAUUUGUAGUUUUACGUAUAACGCAGAAGGAUUGUGUACUAGAAUUAGCGCGGGGUACAUGGCGGAUCACGCGAUUGGGAACACGAAAGGAAGAGGUGGGUAUCACGGCAUUUUUAACGCGAUUGGACACCCUUUGCCGGUGCCUCAUUCUGUGCAUAAGAUGAUCACGGACGCCUUUCCGCAGUUGUUGGGUUUCGAGAAGGAGGACAUGCUUUGGGUCGUGAACUUGGCGUUGUUCGGGUUAGCGGCAAGCGGCGGGGAUUUGCGGUCGUUGAUUCCUUCGAAGAAAAAUGGGGCGAAAAUGAAGCCGGCGAGCGUGACGAGUUCGUUCGUGAGUACACAGUUUGCCAAGGGAGGAGAGAGACAUUCGCUCGCGCCAAAGUAA